CUUUGGGUCCUCUAUAGGUAUCUAACCCACUCCACUGGAUGACAAGCUGCUAGCUUUACUACGCUCUCUCUCUCUCUCUCUCUCUCUCUCCUCACAUUCCCUUCCAUAGUUCCCAGCUUCUUUGUCCUUUCAGACCCCCAAAAACCCAUUUUCCACAUUACUAGAACUAGGAGUCUGCACCAUCAAGAAAUAGGAAGAAGAAGAAAGAAACAGAUACAUGGCGUUUUCAAGGCUUAUCGUGCUCUUUUUCCUCUUCCAAGCUUUCUUCUUGUUAGCCAGGUCGCAGUCGUUUAUUGGCAUUAAUUAUGGUUUGGUUGCUGACAACCUACCACCACCGGCGGCCACCGCUAAACUUCUGCAAUCGACGGCUAUACAGAAAGUGAGGCUCUACGGGGCCGAUCCAGCGGUUCUUAAGGCUCUUGCCAAUACUGGGAUUGGCAUCGUCAUUGGAGCUGGAAAUGGUGAUAUCCCAGCUUUGGCUUCCGAUCCCAACUCAGCCACUCAGUGGGUCAACUCGAACGUCUUGCCCUAUUACCCGGCUAGCAACAUCAUUCUCAUCACCAUUGGUAACGAGGUAGUGUUGUCUGGGGACCAAAACUUGAUCUCUCAACUAUUACCCGCAAUGCAAAAUAUGGAAAACGCGCUUAACGCUGCCUCACUCGGUGGCAAGAUCAUGGUCUCCACCGUCCAUUCCAUGGCCGUCUUGUCUCAGUCUGACCCACCCUCUUCCGGAUUGUUCAACCCGUCUUAUCAAGAUACCAUGAGAGGGUUACUCCAAUUCCAGAGAGACAACGGGUCACCUCUUGCUAUCAACCCGUACCCCUUUUUCGCUUACCAGAGCGACCCCAGACCAGAGACCUUGGCUUUCUGCCUGUUUCAACCCAACUCGGGACGAGUCGACUCGGGCAAUGGGAUUAAGUACAUGAACAUGUUUGACGCUCAGGUGGAUGCUGUGCGGUCUGCCUUGAAUGCCCUGGGAUUCAAGGAUAUUGAGAUUUUGAUUGCUGAGACUGGAUGGCCUUACCGCGGUGACAGUAAUGAAGUUGGACCCAGUAUUGAGAAUGCAAGAGCCUAUAAUGGCAAUUUGAUUGCUCACCUUAGAUCAUUGGUUGGCACCCCAUUAAUGCCCGGAAAAUCUGUAGACACAUACCUCUUUGCAAUCUAUGAUGAGGAUUUGAAGCCUGGGCCUGCCUCCGAAAGAGCAUUUGGCCUUUUCAAACCUGACCUUUCCAUGACAUAUGAUGUUGGUCUCUCAAAGAGCAGUAGCCUGACUCCAUCGACGCCCCAAACUCCAGCAAGUCCAUCAGUAAAACCAACAGGAGCAGGUUGGUGUAUGCCCAAGGCUGGUGUUUCUGAUGCACAAUUGCAGGGAAGUCUUGACUAUGCUUGUGGUCAAGGCAUAGAUUGCAGCCCGAUUCAACCAGGAGGUGCCUGUUUCGAGCCAAAUACUUUGGUUUCACAUGCUGCUUUUGCCAUGAAUCUCUACUACCAAACUUCUGGCAAGAAUCCAUGGGAUUGUGAUUUCUCUCAGACUGCUACACUCACAUCCAAUAAUCCCAGUUAUAAUGGUUGUGUCUACCCUAGUGGGAGUACCUGACAAAGCAAGAGGAAAUCCAUUUGAUGCUGGAAUAAAGAAAGUUGAUAGCUAAAUAAAAGAUGGUAAAUUCUUAUUGGGGUUCUUAUUUAUAAUAGUAAUUGUAAAUUCUUCCUUUGAUUAGGAAGCAUUGGUUGGUGUAGAUCUCUAUGUCUCUCUUCCCAUAGUGAUGUGUUCAAAUCCUGUUAGGUUGCUCAAAAAAGUUCAAUUAUGUUAGUGAAGAACUGAACUCAACUUCAAGUCA